ACAACACCGGUUUUACACAACAAACAGAAACUUCGUCGUGAAAAUUGUUCUGUAAAUAGAAAUGUUGCAAUAUUUAUAGAGAUGAAGCUUAACUGUUUAAUGUUUGUUGGUGAUUGAUGAUCGUGUGAUGAAGAUGGCCAGCAACAAAGGCAAGAAUUUAGCCAAACGACGGGGGAAAACCCGAUUCUGGCUUCAAGAUAGAAAAUCUGUGAAUGAUGUUGAUGGUUGGGGAAAACACGGUGGUUAUAUGAAUGCCAAGAAGAAGAAAUUGAAAGACCAAUUCCAGUCCGGUGCCUUUAAUGAGUUACAGAAGACAAGCCAUUGUUCAGAUAUAUUCAAAGAUGUAACAAUAUACAUUAAUGGUUAUACAAAACCAAGCAGUGAUGAGCUCAAACGACUGAUGAUGAUUCAUGGAGGCCAUUGGGAGAUGUACCUGAGCAAGAAGAAUGUUACGCACAUAAUUACAACCAAUUUAGCUCAAAGCAAGAUUGCAGCCCUCAGGAAUUGCAAAGUUGUUCACCCUGACUGGAUACUGAAGAGUAUUGAAGCUGAAAGAUUGCUACCAUGCCAACCAUUUCUGCUCUACUCAGCUCAGUCCAAGAUGCAAAGAGGAAUCGCACAGUUUUCCAAAGCUGAGGCAUCGAAAGAGGGACUAACUCACUUGGAAGCUUCUAGGGACUUUCAUCUGACAGAAACAACAUCGACACCAUCCAGCAACAACAACAACACUGAGGUAAAAGAAAGAAGUGGUCCCCCUGAGCUAAAGAUUGUCCACAGUGGAAGUUCUGAUGAUCUCUUCAUCUCCAGCUCAGACAACUUAUCUCAAGAAUCUAAUCAGGAAAUGAAAUGUAAAACCAACGUCUCAACUAAAAAUGAGGUCUUAUCAGAGACUGUUUCUCUGUCAGCUGUAACCAAAGCACCAUCAAUGACAACAACAACAACAACGACAGUUACACAUUCUGAAGAAUGUCCUACAUUUUUAGUCAUAUCCUCCGAAUCUGAGAAAGAAGAUGAAAUUGUCAUUACUGAUCAUGUUGAGAAAGAUGACACAUUGCCACCAAACAACAACAACGACAGCAGCUGCAACAACAACACCACAACUUUAUCAACAAACACAGGUAUCCAACACACUGGCAGUUCUCGAGCCCAAACUGCUCGGGAUCCAAACUAUCUCCAGCAGUUUUACACCAACUCUCGACUCCAUCAUCUUUCCACCUGGAAGGCCGAAUGGAAAGAUUAUGUGAAUAAACUAAAAUCAUCGAAUACCAAGGAAUUUUCCGGAAGACAGAAACUAAAAGAUGUGUGCAGUAAGGUGCAGUCACCUUCACUCUCAGAUUCUAUUAUGCACAUUGACAUGGACUCUUUUUUUGUUGCCGUUGCAAUGAGAGAUCGUCCACAUUUGAAAGAUAAGCCUGUAGCUGUGACCCAUAGUCGGAAGAAUGGACCGAAGGAGAAUAAUCCCGGUGUAGACUUGGAUUACGAAAGACAGCAGUGGUCAAAACGUCGUCAAGAAAAUGCUUUGAAGAAAAUGGGACCAAAUACGUAUCAGAGAAACACUUUAGCUCUGGAUGAAGACUUUGAAGAUGAAGAGGAAGGGAGUGGAACAGAGGAAAAACAUGAAGACCCCGAGAAUAUUUCAAAUGAGAAGAGACAUUCUGUUAAUAAACAGAGCUUUAAUUCUUUAUCUGAAAUUGCUUCCUGUAAUUAUGUUGCUCGUCAAUGCAGCUAUACACACGAUAUUGAAGCGAUCAGCUGUGAUGAAAUGUUUGUUGACUGUAGUGGAAUAUUACAGGAAACUGGUGUGGCUCUGAAGGACUUUGUUUCUGUUCUCAGACAAGAAAUCUUUGAUAAAACUGGAUGUACAGCAUCAGCUGGCCUCGGUCCUAAUAUUUUGGUAGCACGAUUGGCAACAAUUUGUGCCAAACCAAAUGGGCAGUUUCUUGUGGAAAAACAUGAAGUGGAGGCUUUUAUGCAGAAACAACUUGUUAAAAAUUUACCAGGUGUUGGUAGGUCUAUGAUGUACAAAUUACAGCACCUAAGUGUGGAGACAUGCCAGGACUUGCAGAAGAUUCCAUUGGUCAAGCUACAGCAGAGUUUUGGUCAAAAGACAGGUCAAAUGUUAUAUAACAGCUGUCGAGGAAUCGAUAACCGCAGACUGGAGUUAGAAUAUAACAGGAAGUCAGUGUCAGCAGAGAUAAAUUAUGGCAUACGCUUCACUAAGGAAAGUGAUAUGGAGGAAUUCCUGUUAAAUCUGUCUGGAGAAGUGGAGAGAAGAUUGAAGAAUGUGAAUAAACGGGGCAAAUCUAUAACAUUGAAGUUGAUGGUACGACGGGAAGAUGCACCGUUGGAGACGGCCAAAUAUAUGGGCCAUGGUUUAUGUAACAACAUCAGUAGGGCUGUGAGUGUUGCCAUAGCUACAGACAAUGCUGCCAGAAUAGCCAGGGAGUGUAUGACGUUGUUUAAAGCCCUUCAUCUACCUGUGAACUCCCUACGAGGGGUUGGCAUUACCAUCCAACGUCUUGAAGACAUGGCACCAGCUAGACACCACACUGGUGACUCUACAAAGACCUCAAGUAUUCUCCAGUUCACCAAAGCGAUGCCAACCCCAGAUCAGAAAGAGCAGCAGCAGACGCAGAAUGGAAAUGAGACGCCAUCCGAAGUUGAUGACAAUGACUUCACAAUCAUGAGACCAGUUCCUGUCAAACAGUUUGGAACUCUUAACUUCAAAGAAGAAUUGCUGAGGCAAUAUCACAGCAGCCAGUUACCUCCCUUGCCCAGGUUGCCCAGCCAGUUGAGUCCCACCAGAAUGAACCAGAUGAAACCAGCUGUGACAGGUGAACCAGAAGAUUUCCUUCCAUCACCUUCCCAGCUUGAUGAGAGUUGCUUUAAUGCGUUGCCAGAGGAUAUACAAGAAGAAAUGAAGAUGGCCAUAACUGACCGACAGAACAGGAAAAACAACAUGGAAGGCGAUGACCAGCUGGAGCCACCGUUAUUAUUGUCACCGUCCAAAGGGGGCUACAGUGAAGUUCAUUUGAAGCCUCUGGCUUUAAUGUCACCCACGAAAAAGUCAAUGAAACCCACUAAGAAGAGGUCCCCAUCCAAGAAGGGAUCACCUUCAAAAAAGAGGUCCCCUGCCAAGAGGAGCCCUAAUUUCAAAGUUCCUCAGGGACGACCUAAGAAAAAUCAAAAAUCUUUGAAUAAUUUAUCGAAUAUCAGAAAAAACUUGUUCCUGUAUGGUGACCAUCUCCACCUACAGCCAAAGAUGGAAGUGAGGGAAGAGGAAGGGGCGAAGACAGAGAAGGAACUGAAAGAAGGAAAAGAGAGGGAGAAACAGUGCCAGGCUGCGAGUCUGUGUGGUGCUGUGACGAUAGAACAAGUACGCAGCUUACUGAGUGAGUGGUUGCAACCAUCGCGGGUGCCCUGCCCUGAUGAUGAGCAGUUUGUGAUAAAGUACCUGAAAGAUCUCAUUUACAGUAAAAAUCUGGAACAACUUGACUUGGUGUUGAAGUUCCUCUACAGAAAAAUGGGGAAACUUUCUACUGAAGAUUGGUGGAAAAGUCUGAAGAGAGUUGUUGAUGAUGUCCAGAGUGUCAUGAUAGCAGAAUAUAACACUCCCCUACAGCUUAGUUUCUCUAUCCCUGUCACAUGACCAUCACUUAACCAUAACCUAUCUUGAGGCCUCGUCAUCAUUUGACCUUACUCAUGUCAUCACCUGACCAUCACUUCACUAUCAUGUGACUAUUUGGUAACUGUCAGUUGACCAUCACUUUACCAUCAUGUGACCAUUAGCUGAGUGUAAGGUAACUCAUCACCUAACUAUUGAGUGACCAUCACUUUACCAUCAUCUGAUCAUCUUGUGACCAUCACUUUGCCAUCAGGUGGCCAUCAUUUUUCUAUAGGCUGACCAUCUUGUGACCAUCACUUUGCCUUCAGGACUCUAUCACUUUACCAUUGUGUGACCAUAAGAUGACCAUAAGGUAACAAUCAUGUGAAAUUCUGGAGACCAUCAUUUAAUCAUGUGAUUAUAAAUUGACCACGAGGUGAUCAUCACUUCAUCACUGAGUAACUGUUGGCUGACCAUCAUGUGACCAUCACUUUGCCAUUAGGAAGCCAUCACUUCAUCAUUGUGUAAACCAUAAUGUGACCAUCACUUCAUCACUGAGUGGCCAUUGGCUGACCAUCAUGUAACCGUUGUAUAACCAUAUGAAAUUCUAGUGACCAUCACUUCACCAUCCAGUAACUUUAAGCUGGUCGUCACCUGACCAUAAGCCCAUCACUAUACCAUCACCUCACCAUUCAGUGGCUAUUGCUUGACCAUCACCUGACUAUCAUGCAAGUAUCUGGUAACCAGUAGCUGACCAUCAGUUCAUCCAAUAACCAUUACCUGACCAUCAUGCAACCAUCCUCAAGUGACCAAUAUAGUAAAAGUGUUUUGAGACGAGAAACAUCUUUUUCUUUUUGUCUUUUGUAUAUUUUUUAAAAUUUGAUUUUAUAUUUAAUUGUUUUUUCCCUCUCUAUUUUGAAGAUAAUUUUAAUGAAGCAAGAUUCGUUAACCUUAAUUGAUUAUCUUAAGACAAAUAUCAAACCUAAUGAGCUCUCGUUGCCUUUCACAAUGGCUGCCACCACCAAACAAGUACAAUAACACCACCACUACAGCCAACAACAACAACAACAACAACAAUAAUAUUACCAUCAAAACUCAACCACUAACAACAUUACCAUCACCUCCACUGCCAACAGUGCCAACAACAAUAGCACCAUUAUCACCACCACCACCAACAACAACAAAAAUCACCACUACCACCACCACCAUUAGCAACAACAACAGUACUACCAUUACCCCCACUUGUCCACGAGAAUCAUUUCCUCAUCUCCGUCUCACCAUUUCCGGAAGACCAACAGAAGCCAUGGACACAGAUUUUCCUUCAGAAGAAAACCAUUUAAGGAAAAUAGGGAGUUACUCUGUUACUAGUUUGUAAGUGGAGUUGAACCAGUUUCUGGUACUCCAGUAUGGGCAAUACUCCUUAUUACUCCCAGUUUCAUAUUUUAAUUAAUGAAAAAACAAGCAAUCAUUAUCAUUUAACAUCCACUUUUUCCAAGCUUGCAUGGGUCAGACCGAAUUUGUUGAGGCAGAUUUUCUACAGCUGGAUGUCCUUCCGGUUUCAGAGCAAAGAAAUAUUUCCCCAUGGCCAGUCAUGUUUUCGAUGGAAGACUGGAAAUGAAUAGCGCUGUUUGGACGAUGGUGGUGCUCAUUUACAAGCAUUGUGUGAUGUCUAAACAAGGGUACACACACACACACAUUUAUGUAUAUAUAUAUAUAUAUAUAUGUAUAUUUAUGUAUAUAUGUAAAUUUAUAUGUAUAUUUAUGUUUAUAUGUAGAUUUAUAUAUAUAUAUGUAUA